ACUUCAACUCACGCGCAGCGUAAACAAGACUCACAAGAAGAAGAAGAGGAACAAUGAAUGGAGAAAGGGAAGAGAAUAGCAGCACGCCAUCAUCCCACACCUCCGGCGAGCCCUACGUCAUGGCCGACGAUUCUUGCGGCAGAAGCGGCAACGAUGGCGACGAGGAGGAAUUCGAAUUUGCGUUCGUGACCAAAGACCCGGAGGCUGGGCCGGAAAUCACGGCCAACGAGCUGUUUUCCAAUGGUCAGAUUCGGACCAUCUAUCCCGUCUUCGGCAGUGGUCUGCUCCUCGAGGCGCCGGCGGUGGAGGAAAAGACUACGAAGGUGCGUGGAACCCUCCGGAGGCUCUUCAUCGAGGAGCGAGAGGAGGAUUCAAGCAGGGCAUCCUCUGCCUCCUCUUCGUUGUCCUCCUCUGCAGGAGUGGACGAGCUGGAUGGAAUCCCGGAGGGGACUUACUGCGUGUGGGCUCCGGCGCCAUCACCCUCGCACUCGCGCAGGGGAAAGAAGAGCGGAUCAACCGGAUCCUCUAUGUGGUGGCGACUCCGCGAGCUGUUCACCGGGCGGAGCCACAGUGCUGGUAGGGAGAAGAUCGUGCUCCUGGAGUCGGCGGUGGCGGUAGCGGUGGCGGCGGCGGUGGUGGAGGAAGUUACGGAGGGAAAGGAGGAAAAGGAAUCGGAACGGAGAGCCGGAGGAGUGCGGCGUUGCUCGGCAGUCACCGCUUCUUCCGUACCGGCCGGUGGUGGGCCGAGACGUUGCCCAAUGUGAACGGGCUUAGU